CGCGUGCACGUCAGUGAUCACGUGCUAUGUACUGCGAUUCGCUGAAGUUGGAGAAAAGUUUGACAAGCCUGAAGAGAGAGAGAGAGAGAAAGAAAGACUGCAUAUCGAGGGAAUAAGGCACAUGAUAUUUUCUUCUAUAUUCUUCUAUAUUACAUAUCUCCGGACACACAAUGGAAUCCGUCGCCCAGAAAGUGCUGUCUGCGGGAUUCAUGCUUGACUUGGGACCUCUGAAGGAACCGCUGGCCUUCAUCCGCCUGCUACAAUGGGUGUUCUCCAUCUUUGCCUUUGCUACGACUGGAGGUUACAGCGGCACCACCAGCAUCAACGUCCAGUGCCAAGGGAGUGCCAGUCAAGAGAUACAGGCAAACUUUACCUACCCAUUCAGGUUGAUGCAGCAUCCCUAUCAUGUUCCUGACUGCAAAAUCAAUCAAACUACCACUACCGACUACUUCCUGACUGGAGAACACACAUCCUCGGCCCAGUUUUACGUCUGCAUUGGCGUGUUGUCCUUUCUCUACGCCACUGCCACACUCGUCCUCUACUUGGGCUACCAGCACGUAUAUAGAGAAUCUAGUCGUGGUCCCACUGUGGACCUGUUGGUGACUGCCGCCUUGGCUUUCUUGUGGUUGGCAUCAUCCUCUGCUUGGGCUAAAGGCUUGUCUGAUGUGAAGUGGGCCACCAGUCCUGCAAACAUUGUAACUUUUCUUGAUGUGUGCAAGGAUGGAAAGAACAAGUGCACCCCAGGUGCUGUGCCUCACAUGGGCCGACUGAAUGCCUCUGUGAUUUCUGGUUUUCUCAACCUCAUCCUGUGGGGCAGCAACUGCUGGUUCAUUUACAAGGAAACACCUUUUCACAAAUCAGCCAACCCGCCUGCAGCUGUGCAGGAAGGAGUCGGGCCAUCGUAACCGCGCAGCUUCCUGAAUGAGUCGUUUUGGUACUAACUCUCAAAAUGCUGUAGAUUACAUGGUAUAUGUAUCCAAAUCUAUCUGCUCCUUUUUCUUUUGCUAAGUAUUAUUUUCAUAUUUAGGGCUGUAUUGUCUCAAAUACACUUAGAAAAUUAAUUCGAAUUUGAGUUGUCAAACUAAUACAGGAAAUUGUAGCAUUCAAAUGUUUUUUUUCUCAUUGUUUUUCUGUUUGUUUGCUCAGUUUGAAUGUUUUAAAACAUUUAUACCCAAAGUGUCCCUUAUUUAACAUGGUACUGUGCAUCCUUGUUGGUGAUAAAUCAGAAUGAACCAUUUGUCAACUGCCAACAGCAUUUCUGUACCAUCAGCAUUUUCUUAAAAAAAAAACCUCAGGGUUGUUGAGUGUACGAAAUACAAAAUGGAUAACAAAUAUGAAAUACUUGAAGUGCAUUUAUUAUUAACACAGGUCUAGACAAAAUCAUAUUUUAGUACAAAAUAGGAAUCAAAACAUGUAGUUACAAUGAAUUAAUAUUCAAUAGUUGUUCUUGGGAACAUUAAUCCAGUUACCAUUAUUAGAUUAUUUCUAAUGGGUGAAAGCAAUUUAAUUGCAUCUUUUUUUGUGUAAUGUUGUGCCUCAUCGCCUCACUACGGAAGGCUUAAUUCCGCAGUUAAUAAAGUAUUUUUCCUGUUCAUAAUGUUUUUUUAUAAUACCCCAGCUAUGUCUGACAGUAUUUCAAAGCUAGUGUUCUAUGUAUUCUAUAGACUUGUGUUAGUAGAAAUAUACGGAUCUUUAACCAGUUACUGAUUAACUGAUUUUCUUGCUAUUGCUAUUGCUAUUGCUAUUGCUAUUGUGAGAUAAUACGAUGAGCUGUUUACUCUAUUACUGCCAUUAUUAUGAUUCCCUACUUUUGAUAUAUCCUUGCUUGAUCCACAGUUUCAAACAUGAGCUGCAACUGUGUUAUAAGUGUUACAUAGAUGAGACUGGAGUUCCUGUUCAUUUCAGGAAAAAGUUGGAAUGUAAUGCUGUGCAUCAUUAAAAAGAUAAACUGGA